AAAAUAUGGAUGCAAUUGUGAAUUAGUUGCUGUUUCCAUGCGUCUUUCUCCUCCAGAUCUCAGGACGUUGUUGUGGAUUGUGUUGCUAUUUAAUGCAAUGGGCUGUAUCCAGAGUAUCAGGUGUAAGCCCAAGUGUUUCCGUGAAAGUAUCAUCGUUCUCGAGGUGAACUCCUCCAUCGACUCCAAUCCAACCAGCAUCGACGAGUCAUCCAACGUGGUUCUGCGCUAUCGAACACCGCACUUCCGAGCCUCUGCUCGAGUAUUAGUGCCGCAGGUGGCCGGUAAAGAGACGUGGACUGUUGGCUGGAUUCAAGCAUGCAACCACAUGGAGUUCUACAACAAAUAUGGAACCAAAGGGAUGUCGAGCUGGGAACUCCCUGACCUGCGGGAUGGCAAGAUCCAGGCCAUCAGUGACUCGGAUGGCGUCAACUACCCUUGGUAUGGCAACACCACGGAAACGUGCACCAUUGUGGGCCCCACCAAGAAGGACACCAAGUUCACGGUCAGCAUGAACGACAACUUCUACCCCAGCGUUACGUGGGGAGUUCCUGUGAGCGACAGCAACAUGCCGCAGCUCAGCAGCAUCCGCCGCGACCAGAGCUUCACCACCUGGCUGGUGGCCAUCAAUCAGGCCACGGCCGAGACCCUGGUGCUGCAGACCAUCCGCUGGAGGAUGCAGCUCCACAUCGAGGUGGACCCGGACAAGCUCCUGGGCCAGAGGGCUAUGCUGCGUGAGCCCGUGGCCCAGGAGCAGCCCCACAUCCUGGGCAAGAAUGAACCCAUUCCCCCCAACGCCAUGGUCAAGCCCAAUGCCAACGACGCUCAGGUGCUCAUGUGGCGGCCAAAGACCGGGGAAGCCGUCGUGGUCAUCCCGCCCAAAUACUGACUGACCUCUGGAGGUUAAACGCUCUUUCUCUUCUCCCACUCCUCUACCUACACCUCACUUUUCCUUUCUUCUCUUUUUAUCUACUUUCCUUUUCCUUUCUUCUCCUUUUAACCUUCCCUCAAGCUCCUUGCCUCUAUUUGCCUCUACGUUUCCGAUCUCUUCUCUCGCUUUUUGUAAAAAAUUGAGCGAGAGAGGGAGAGAAAGUGAAACAAGGACAAGAGCAGCUUGGAGAAAGAGGACACUCGUUGCCUAUAAGUGGGAGCUGGAGCAGACUUUAAAAACAGGAAUGAACAAACUGCAACCAUUCUACCUUCAAUUGGGGUCGGGUUUCACUGUGCUAGAUGAAGUCAUUGCAAAAAAAUACCCACAGAAACUUUGCAUUUUUUGUUGCAUUUUGGGGAUUGUAAUUUGGGAGGGUUGGGGAGUGUGUGUGGGUUGAACAAUUAACAUAGUAUUCAUGUUUGUGUUUAUGUACAUGGUACAUGCACAAAGUUGUGUUUUUAUUUGUGGUCUUGGAGAGAGUGCACUUUUUGUGAAUAAGCACUCUUCUGUGCUCUACAUGAGGGAUAGUGAAUAGGAACCACAUCGGGGAGACGUGUAGUUUUAGUACCUUUUUUUUUUUUAAACAUGCGAGACAUUCAAUCCAUGCUGCCUUAAGUUUACAUCGCUUUUAACUUUGAGCCUUUAAUCAUGUGCAAUGCAAUAUUCCUUGACAUGUCUUGUCUCUCCUUCCAUCCAGAUUGUUGGUGCUGUUGUGUGUGGAUUUAGGAAUGGAACAGUGACAACAGAGUGCAAAUUAUACCAUGACAUGUUUUUAUGGGUCUAAUAGUAAACACACGUCAUUUAAAUAGUUGAAUAUAUGACCUUUUCAUGUGGUAUGUACACAACCAGUCACGAUGGUUUCAUCUGAUUGUCAAACAAAUCUCUUCAAAAAGUAGGCUACCUGCACAUGUUCGUCCACACCAAAAUAAUUCCAGCAUCCCAAACACGUGCACCCAUUUGAUAUAUGGAAAGAGGCAUCUGUUACAAAACACCAAAAAGUGUAAUGACAUUCAGCAAUUGUCAUUUUUGUAGAAAUAUUUACCACUGUAGCAGGACAAAUAGUAUUUUAAACAAAUAUAAUGGUUAAAUUAGCAUUAUUUACGGGGUUACAGGGAACCAAAUUGGGUCCUAAUACUGCUAGAACUCUUUACUCCUACAGAACAUACAGAGAAAAUUCAUUCAAACAAACCCUUUCACAAUGCCAGUAUGCUCAUCUCAUCAAUGCAAACGCACAUGUUAUGUUUGGCAGUGUAAAAGGUUUUCUGACAACAUUCAAACCCAUUGAGUGACAUUCAGCUGACUUUCAGAUAGACAGCAAGGGUUGUCAACAACCUCCCUUUACAGAGAGAAUACUCUUUCAUCAUGUUAUCUUGUAUUUGAUUUAUCACCACUCCCUCCAUCUCAGGGCCCCUGCCACUGUAAAGUGUUUGUCACACACACCUCCCUCGCCCCAUCCAUCCAUCCCUCUGCCUUUCUUCUCCUCUCUACAGCUGUCAGAAGAGAGGGGUAUGCUAGCACCUAAUCAAUAUUGGUAUUAAUAAGCAAUCACAGCAAGCAGUAGCCAGGGGAAAUGACUGUGUUUCAAAUCCCGGGGCAAUAAGAAAGCAGUCCUCCAUGCAAUGCUAUUGGAGAUAAAUAAUCUUGGCUUUAGGGUCCCUGUGUGUGGGGUGGCUCUGCAGAGGUUAACUGGAUGUAUCCCACUGCCCUCCCUCUCUAUUCUCUCUCCUUGUCCCGCCCGCUCCCCUCACCCUCUCUCCACUUCUGAUGUUCUUCCCCAUUUACCCUGUCCCCACUUUCUCCUCUCUCUGCUCCCCUCGAUCCAUCUCUCCAUUUCCUCCAUCCCUCCUCUCUUCACCCUCUCCUCUGUCUUCCUUGUGUGGAGGAAGGGAAGCCCCGGCUAGCUAAAUACCUCCAUAAACGGGACAAUGUCUAGUCAUUCAUUUAUCUGUGGGAACGGCAGCUUUACCCCGGGCUGAAAUCUCUCUCAUGGAGGAGGGAGGGAGGGGGUGUGGUAGAGGGAUGACUGUGGGGCAGAAUUUGGCAUCAGGCUUUUUUAUCUCCUUAUAACAUCAUCAACGACAACAACGCGCUAAGAAAAAAGGAACAGGGACCGAUGUUUGUGUUUUGUAACACCGGGGUCAAGCUGCCAUUUUGAAGUGGUUGAGAAAACAGCAUCUCCACUUUUGUCACUGAUGGUAUUGUUUUAGUAUAGAUGCUAUGCCAUUGUGGUUUGAUAUUUUUUGGAGGCAAAGCUUUCUUGGUAGAGUAAUAUUACCAUCAAAUGCCACCAACAACUGGCCAAAAAUGUGUUGAGUCACCAUUGUUUCCUUCGUUAUUUUAGCCUACCUCGUGGUUUGGUUUAUUUAAAAUGACUCAAAUCUGUUGACGUCUCAACCAAAUAUCAACCUUAAUUUGACAUCUUUGCCUGAUGAGAAAAGACAGAGCAGCCAAGUGUGUAGCAGCUGAACAUAAUUAAAAAAGGGUUAGGAAACUAGAUAGACUGAUAGCCUCGCCAAAUGAGAUCUUCAGUAUGAUAGCUAUGAUACAGUAUGUAUACUGCAGCUCUCCCUUGUUAUAAUUACAUUUUGGACCCGCAUAAUAGCCUAAUCAGAUGGCCCUCGUUGCCCUGCGUCAGCUCUGUGAGAUAGCCCCUGCUCUGGACUCAAUCAUCUAGGCUGAGGGAGGAGGGGACUGGAAGUGCUGCCAUUAUUAUAUCUGCUGUGAAAUACUGAGCCCCCUUCAGAUACACUGUGUUCGGCUGUGCCAAGGGUGGCUGGAGUGAUAUACAAUGGCCUCUUAGGGCUAGAGGGCAAAGGUCAGUGUUAGAAGGGGUGGGGCACACACACAGUUGUCAUAAAACAGCAGGGACAGAGGCCCCCGGGGACGGUCUCUCCUUGCAUCCUAUCGGAUCGUCACAACAUCACACUGGGACUGAGUGUGAACAGCGCUUAUUGGCCCCCAGCAAAACACACACACGAGAGGGAGGUCACAGAGGAGACGAUUGCCUCAAUGUGUCUCUGAUUCUGACCGUGUUGUUAUGUGCUACUGAUGAGGCGUUCUUAUGAGAUUACGAUAACAUCAUUGAAUGAGUGAAAUUCAUUGACUUCAUGUUUCUCCUUCUGGGGUUGUGCCACUGGGUAGAACCUUCCUUUCCUAAACCCACAACUCCUAGUUGAGGGCUACCCCCUUUUCUAUGGAUCUUUAUGUAAAAGAGUCCUGUAAACAGUCCAGCAACUCUUCAGAGACCAGCAGAAAAGAUGUAGCUUUAGUUCAACCAAUACAGGCCCAAGCUCACUCUCAGGAUUGCCCAUCAUUAUUUCCUAUCCUUUGCUAUUGGCUUACCCCAUGUAAACAAAUUAUUUGAUUGGAUAUUCCAUUUGUCUGUCCAUCUUACCCUUCGCUCCCUUCACCUCUGACUAGGUUUUCAGUAGAGUAGCCCCAUGGCUAACUGUAGCAGAUUAUACACAAUAGGCUAUGUAUUUCUAAUUUCUUUGGGUUUGUUGGUUUGUCUUCUGAAAAAUGCUCUAAUAUAUUUCACAGCACUGAAACAAAAAUACAGUAUUUUCUUGUUGUGCUUUGUCACUGACACUGAUACUCGAUACUUGAAAAUGGAACAGUACUGGCAAAUAUUUAAAACCAUGAAAAUGCACAAUGAUAAAAAAAAAAUACUGAAAAUUAAAAGUGGUAUUUUUCAUGAAUUAAAACAAUUUGCAAAUGUUAUUUGUUCCCUGGCAUCUGUCUCCUAAAGUGUUGUGAUGGGAGAAUAUGCACCCUGUGACAUGGUGAUUCUAUCUACAAAAGCACCUUGCCAAGAUGCUGCACACACAGCACCCACAACACCCUAGCUUUUAUCAACUCUGAUACCAUGUCAUACAUUAUGAAGGAAAAUAGUUGGUGACACUUAUUUGAAAGUCUGCUUAUAAACUAUUUCUUAACCA